AUGGGCGCGGUGGGCUGCCGAAGGUGUGAGGAUGAGGUCUGCACUGGCUUCACCUCGCAAGAUAUGGUGAUCCAGAGGUCCCAAACACUGAUGGACCAGUUGCAGGGCACCUGGGUCCGCAGCGACGGGGUGGAGAUGGGCUUUCUGAGCGACCAGGAGAUGCAGUGGAGCGCUGCCUUCAAGAAGAUGGAGAGCACUAUGGAGGAAGCUGGGCCCUGGCGAGUGCGCUUGAAGUUCAGGGCCACAGGAGAAGUGCAUGAGGGCAAGGUCUUCACGGAAAUGCCUCCGACGAAGAUCGAGUGGAGCGAUGGGGAGAUCUGGCUGCUGGCGGCCUGA